UCUGUAAAGGGUGAUAGCAGCUUUUGUGAGUCGCGAGAGGCUAGUCAAGUAAGUACGUCUUCUUCUUCCCGAGACAUCGCGAGAAUGGCCCCCGAGUGCAAGGUAUGUCGCGCCAACUACUCCCAGGGCGCGAAGGCCCCGGUGGCUCUCUCCUGCGGCCACAGCACCUGCAGGGAGUGUCUCCAGCACAUCUACAACGAUGCCAGGCAGCUCAAGUGUCCUACGUGUCGGAUGGUCCACACAGGAGCGGCCCUGAAGGAUCUGAAGGAUAAUUUCGAUCUGCUGGGCGAGGCGACGGCGGAGCAGCCGAGGCCACAGAGGGGCAACCAGGAGGGGAAUCAGACGACAAUACGAAUCAUCGUCAAAGACCUCACAGACAAGCAGUUCUUCAUCAACGUCGACCCAAAAGACACGUUCCUCCGCGUGAAGGAGACGCUGCACGCCCAGUACGGCCUCACCCCCGAGAACAUCCGACUCCUGUACAGAGGGCAGCGACUUCAGGACGACAAGACACCGAACUUCUACAACAUCGUCGAAGGCACAACGAUCCAGAUGUCGACGACGUAUAAGGGAGGGAAGGGGCGAGAGGACCUGUCUGUUCCUGCUGAGGUCGAGGCGUGAUUCCUCUGACGGUGUUCUCUACUUUUUUCU